CUUCACUUCAACCUCCCCAAUACCACACACGUCAUAUCACCACCGACAACGAGGACGUGCAAAGAUGGAGUCGCCACACAAAGAACGGUUCGAGGCGCUCUUGGAUUGGGCCCAUAAGCACGGCGCAAGUCUGCACCCUUUGCUUGAGGUGUACGAGGACGAGGUCACAGGGUUUUCGCUACGCGUCAAGCCAUCGGCCACUGAACGGCUAGGAAGUGGCUUCAAGGCCGUCUCCUGCCCGACCUCCAUCACACUCUCUUACCUCAACGCUCUCACUGACGGACCCAUUACACCGUCUUCGACGACGCCGGCCCCCAACACUAAAAAUCCUGCAUUUCCGGAGCGUUUCAUGAACUCCCUCCCGCCGCACGUCAUCGGCCGCUUCUACCUGAUUCAGCAAUACCUCAAGGGCAAGUCCUCCUUCUGGGCGCCCUACAUUUCCACCCUGGCCGACCCCAGCCAGCUUGACAAGUGGGCACUGCCUCCCUUCUGGGCCGAGGACGACAUCGAGCUGCUCCAGGGCACCAACGCUUAUAUCGCCAUCCAGGAGAUUCAAAACAACGUCAAGUCCGAGUACAAACAGGCACGCAAGAUCCUCAAAAAGGAAGGCUUCCCCGACUACCGCGAAUAUACUCAGGUGCUCUACAACUGGGCGUACUGCAUGUUUACCAGCCGCAGCUUUAGGCCUUCGUUGGUCCUGUCGGAGUCGGCGAGGGAGUACGUCGAGCGGCUGCUGCCGGAGGGAACAAAGAUUGAUGACUUCUCCGUGUUGCAGCCCCUGUAUGACAUUGGCAAUCACUCCUGGGAUGCCUCGUAUACAUGGAACCUGACUUCAGAGCCGAGCGCGUGCGAACUGAUCUGCAACGAUAGUUAUGGCCCCGGUCAGCAGGUAUUCAACAAUUACGGGUUCAAGACGAACAGCGAGUUGUUGCUAGGCUAUGGCUUUAUCAUCGACCCCAAAGACCUCUCUACUGGUGUCAGGAACCAAGAGACAUGGAGGCCGCACAACGAUUAUAUCCAUGUGCGAAAGAGACAACAUCCGGGCGAUACGCAGGGCAAGGGCGGUGAGCCGCAGGACUUCUUAAUUUGUCGCGAGGACUUCUGGCAGGGUUAUUCUUGUCGGAAUCGCAUGGGAUCUGAUUUUGUGCCCAACGCGCUUCAUUACCAAUCGCAUUUCAGCCACUGGGAUGGCAGGCUUAUCAAUGAUAUGGUGUCGAUGAUGGCUACCUCGAAGCAGUUGGAGUUGUUUGCCAAAUUGCCAAAUCAUAGCCUCGGCGAUGGUUCUCUUGGGGAGGAGCUGGACCCGUUGGUGGGCAUGCUAAAAGCUACAUUGGCGCAGAAGAUUGAGAGGGACUUUGUCGAGUUCUGUUAUGGCAGGCCGAACGGAGGAGAGAAGUGGGAGCCGGAAACCGAGCGACAGGACUUGGUGCGACGGUACAGGGAUGGAUAUGAGAUGGUUUUUGUCAACGUGCUGAAGGCAUUCAAGUAUUCCAAGGAACAAAUCAUGGCGCUUAAGGCGGCAGCACAGGAGGAGGUGGGAGACGAAGAGGAGGAUGAGGAGAUGGAAGAUGGCAACUGAGACCACCCCUCACGAUGUAAAAGCCCUACACAACAACCAAAAACUCGCACACAGAAUAGCACGACAUGUGCCCCGUGCUACCCAGCCGAUACCUCAGAUCGCAAACCGACUUGACCAAGCGUUGACCACCUCCGCUUACUCCUACGGAUACCACGUCUGAACCGCAUAAACAAACAAAUGCGCCUGCUUCGGCCUCAAGAUCCCCACCUCCACCGCUUUCGACGCAAACUUCCUUGUCGUUUCCCACUCGAGCCGAAACCCGAACUGCCGAACUGCCUCCAACACCUGGCUUCGACUUCAACUCGAUACCGUAACCGACCUUCCCAUUCACCCAAUCAGCUCUCCCUCGACUUCCAUUGGGACCGUACCCAAUGAAAACAACCCGCCUUUCUCUCAGCCAGCAAAUAUUUUCUCAAUCACAUCUCUAAUCUCAUACGUCUCAAAUCCAGGCAGCAAAGAGAAAUACACCGUUACGGCAUGAUACCCCUCCGGAUCUCCCUUCAUUACUUCCGACCCUGACUGCCUCUUCCUGUGCCUUGAAAGAACGGAUCAUCCCUCUCUGACUCAAACUUCCUAACAUCCGCCUCCACGAACUUCGCCCUCCCAUCGGUAUACAACGAAGCGACAUUCUCCUUUGCGAAGUCGAUUGCGGCAGGAUAGAGAUCAACCACAGGAGUGGAUGGCCUGCUUCCGCGAGGGAGGAGCAAUCAAACGGCCGGUCAUGCUGCUGAUGUCCAGGACAUGUUUCCCUUUUGUUGAAGGGUUGGGGAGGCAAGGAAUCAUGGAUCCAGGACGAGGGUAAGAGGAAAAGGCUUCAUGGUGGGCGAGUUGGGACAGGAGCCAGGAGAGAGACGAGUCGCGGGCGGGAAUGUUGGCGAAGGCUAGUUUCUCAGAGGAGCAGAGGGUCGUGAACAGGGUGUUGUUGGAGAGAGGGGUGGGGGUCUGGUGGACGUGGGUCCUUCGACUUCCUACCUCUACGCUGGUGAGGCUAAAGGCGGUUGUUGACUGCAAGACAUAUCGGGUUCGUUUGGCCCGGUGAUGAUGAAGAUCGGUACCAGAAACGAAAUGUCAAGACGGCGAGAUCGUGGCCGACGACUGUUGGGUCUGUUUUAUACUCGUACAGUACAGAUAUGAGCUGAGCCCGGAAAACGCACACGAUCACUGGACGACAGUAGCAGGGCUACCACACCUCGGACUCUGUCUGCAUGAAGGGGUCAUCUAGGAGGGCCGCCGCGAGUCACACUGCGGACUUUCGCAUCGCGUCAAAUCUCUUAUGUACGUUAUUCUGCCAACAUAUAUGUAGUGAAGAUGAAAACACAAAUACCACCAAAUCUAUCCCAACC